CUGAGUUCUGACAGAUUUGUAGUUGACGGAUGCGGACGCGGUGUAUUUAUUUUAUAUAUUUGAGGUUAAUUGUGAUUUGUGUUUAAUUCGGCAUUUAAUUAUUCCUACAUUUGAAACUUACAAUAUCUAGAAUCUGAAUUUGACCUAUUUAUAAUGGCUAAGCAUCAUCCUGAUCUGAUUUUCUGCAGAAAACAGCCUGGCGUCGCUAUUGGACGUUUAUGCGAGAAGUGUGACGGUAAAUGCGUAAUCUGCGACUCGUAUGUACGACCCUGCACUUUGGUGCGAAUAUGUGAUGAAUGUAACUACGGUUCUUAUCAAGGAAGAUGUGUUAUUUGCGGAGGUCCUGGAGUUUCUGAUGCGUAUUAUUGCAAAGAAUGCACUAUUCAAGAAAAAGAUCGAGACGGCUGCCCGAAGAUCGUGAACCUCGGUAGUUCCAAGACUGAUCUCUUCUAUGAGAGAAAGAAGUAUGGUUUUAGAAGACACUAGCAGUAACUUUUUUCUAGUUUGUGUAAACUAGAACAAAUAUGGACUAAUGUGUUUUUUUGUGUGAUUAAGAUUCAUAAUGAAUGUGUCAAGUGGAGAACUCAUUUUAAACAAAUCUAAAAUAUGAGGUAGCAUAUCUAUCUCGCUAAACUAAAAUUUCAAAACUAAAAUUUCUCUAAAGGAUUUACUACUACUUUACUGUAUAGUUCCCAAGACUAUGUAUUGUUGUUUGAUUUGCAGAUUUAUGAUAUUAAGUAAUGUUCCAAUUACAUAAAAUACCGCAAAUGAAUAAAGAACUACUUUCAAUGUGUUUGUUUGAAAGUCAGUGAAGAGUCUAUUACAUAUACAAAGCUAAUAUUUCUAUAUGAAUUUAGAAACUCACAAAUAAACAAAACAUAAUUAUUAAAAUUCACAAUUUGUAGUGCAACUUCGCUUAUUAUAAAUAUCUAUUUUAAAACAUGAAUAAUGCCUAGACAUAGACAAAACAAUUCAGUUGCAUAUUAAGUCUUAAAUUUACUAUCUGUGUAACCUUAGCCUAUAAUAUAUAACUUUGUGUUAGAAUAACUUUUGAAAUGAUGUAGUAUAUACUUAUAAGAUAAAUUUUAGUGUAAGGAGCAUUGUCACAUUGAAAUAAAACAAAUGUUUAAUCCAAA